AGGACCCGGACGUAGAGCGAACGGGAGUUGGUUGCUUAGGGAUGAGCAAAGCAUCUGAAGGUGGGGGAGCGGCGCUUGAUUUCCUCCGCGGCGAGAUGAGCGAAUGACCUAAUAAGGAGCUUCUGUCUCGCGAGAGCUCGCACAGGAGUAUUUUGUUUUCUUUUGACGGGUUUUCAGCCAGCGCGUUCGGACCGUAACGGAGUGAGCAACACUACAUAGCUGACAUACAGGACAAAAGAACAGACUUUUUAAACAUUGAAAAUGGGGAAGGAUUAUUAUUCUGUUCUUGGAAUUGAGAAGGGGGCACCUGAUGAAGACAUCAAGAAAGCUUACCGAAAACAAGCUCUUAAAUGGCAUCCAGAUAAGAACAAAUCUCCCCAUGCAGAGGAAAAAUUCAAAGAGAUUGCAGAAGCCUAUGAAGUGCUGAGUGAUCCCAAAAAGAGAGAUAUUUACGAUCAAUUUGGAGAAGAAGGAUUAAAAGGAGGAGCUGGAGGGCCUGAUGGACAAGGUGGCACAUUCCGGUACUCCUUCCAUGGAGACCCACAUGCUACAUUUGCAGCAUUUUUUGGUGGUGCCAAUCCUUUUGAAAUCUUCUUUGGUAGAAGAAUGCCUGGUGGCAGGGACUCUGAAGACAUGGAAGUGGAUGGAGAUCCAUUUGGUUCCUUUACUUCUUUUAAUAUGAAUGGAUUUCCAAGAGAAAGAAACACUGUUGGUAGCCAGCCCCGUCGUAAGCAAGAUCCUCCUGUUAUUCAUGAACUGAAGGUAUCAUUGGAAGAGAUUUAUCACAGCUGCACAAAAAGAAUGCGGAUUUCCAGGAAAAGGCUCAAUCCAGAUGGAAGAAGUGUCAGAACAGAGGAUAAAAUCCUUACCAUUGAUAUCAAGAAGGGAUGGAAGGAGGGUACUAAAAUUACAUUCCCCAAAGAGGGUGAUGAAACACCCAACACUAUCCCAGCUGAUAUUGUGUUUGUGAUUAAAGAUAAAGUUCAUCCUCACUUCAAGAGGGAUGGGUCAAACAUUGUCUAUCCUGUCAAGAUUAGUUUACGAGAGGCUUUAUGUGGCACUUCAAUCAAUGUACCAACAAUAGAAGGUCGAACCAUACCUAUGACAAUAAAUGAAGUUGUAAAGCCUGGAAUGAGAAGAAGAAUUAUAGGAUAUGGUUUACCAUUUCCCAAAAACCCUGAUCAGCGAGGUGACUUAGUCAUAGAAUUUGAAGUAGUCUUCCCAGAUAGUAUAGCUCCAGCAUCAAAAGAAGUACUCAGGAGGAAUCUUCCUGUUUCAUAAGGAAAUAAGUUUUCUGAACUUUUCCAAGAGGACUCUGGACAUUGGAAAAUUUAUGCUGUAAAAGUGAAGUCUAUAACUGUGGAACUUUUGUGUGUGUGUGUGUGAAUCUGGGAGGGGAUUAUGCAGUGCUGCAUGAGAAUAGGAGGUGAAAAUACACAAGACUUACAAUCAAGUAUAAUGCUGAAACCACUUGUUGUAUUUUAGAUCUUCCUUUUCAGAAAAUUUAUCCAGUAUUUUCCUACAUGUAAAAUGUAAUCUGGGGAUAACCUGUGCAUAUCUUUCUAAUGAAGUGCUUGAACUUCAAACACUUCCUAUAUUUCUUGAUCAUCUGUGUAAGAUAUUGUAUCAUAUUAUCAGAAUCCAUAAUACAAACUCAUAUAAUAGAUGCAAUAUUCAUAUUGUAUAUAUUCCUGUAUGCUUUGUUUACAUUGCACACUAAAUGCUCAUAAGCCCAAAGAAGAUAUCUCCCCUGUAUUACAGUAGAUACUGAGGCAUUCCUUUGCUCAGUACUCAACAUGCUAGCAGCAAAUAGGUGCACCUGUCUAAGGGUAGAUGUUUUGCAGUCUAGCAAAUUUCCAGAUGGAAACACCUGUGAGAUACAGUUGUUUUAAAGACAGCCCAUGUAGAUGAUCUUAACAACAAUGUGACAGUUGGCCUACAUGUGGUAUAUCUAACACACAUUCUGGUCUUUCAAAGGCAUACAGUUCCAUGACUGGUACAUUCAAAUCCUAUGUGAUUAUCCAAGGAAAGGAAGAUAAAAGCAAAAAAGCCCUCAGUUGUUCUAGUUUUUACAGGGCUGGUACCUUGGAUGGCAAUAUAAAUCUACUUAUUUAACAUGUUUUCAGCAUUUGCCUUGAAACAUGCUUCACUGUUCUAACAUUUGUAAGUCAUUUUUUUAAAGAGAAUAUUGGAUUUUAUUAUCUGUUCAUGAGCCAGGUAUAGCUGCACUGUUAACUGAUAGUGGUCAACCAUUUUGUAUGGUUCCAGAUAGAAAAAAUAAAUAUUUUGAGAUUUGGAGUUUGGUUAUCUAUUUUCUAAGUACUAGCACAUUUAAUAUCCGUAUUAGGAUUAUAAUAUUCCUGUGAGAGUUUGUUGUUGAGGAAUUAUAUAAUUUGAGUUAGUUAACAACUUUUGAGUUGGUUUCAUACCUGGAAUACGAACUAAAAUAUGCUGUUGGUAUCCUAAGUGACCCAGAAUGAUUGUCUUUAUGACAUUAGGAGUAAAAAAAAUUGCCAGUAUUCCUUAUUCAAAUUCUUUGCUCACAAAAAUUCUUUUAUGGUCUGUAUUGCAUUUCAUACAUUUUUUAAA